GUUUUGACUAUUCUUCUCCUAACAUUCUGCUUGUCGACGCUACUUUCGUUUCUUCUUGUUCUUCUCGUCUCUUUGUUAUUCUUUUACACCACUCUCGCUUUCCACACUCGCUUCUUGUCGUUUACUUCGUAUCUCCACAUUCGCUAUUUCCCCCCUGAUUGACUAGACGACAACCGCUGCUACGACUCUGGCAUUUUCCUACGCGUUCACCGGAAGAAAGCGGCAAUGUCGUUUCACCAAUCCAGUUCGAGCAUCCCCUACGAUGUUCAUCAGCUUUUAUUGCAGGUUGCACAACAUGGUUACGAUGCCGACGAUGUUCGACUCUGGUAUGCCGCCAUUCUGAACCGCAUCCUAUACGACAAUCUAUCCACCGUCGACACCCCGCAGUCCCAGCCAUCGACUGCAGCAGAGACCCGUGAGACUACCACAUCUACACAUUACAGCGCAAACCUGCUCGCCAUGACUUCAGGCCCGCAGAAUUACGCCAACGCCAUUCCGACUGCAGAAUCCUGGCCUGGCCAGUAUUCGGUCGAAGAUUACGCGUCUAGCUCCAUUUCCGGCUCGACGACUACCACCGUGGACUCAGCGUACCAGACCAGCAUGACGAACUACACCCAACCAUCUCCCUGCUGGAGUGCCGGCACCCCCGCACAACUCGGCAUGAAUACCAGCACUACCGAUCACCCGACACCAUCCACUAUCCCCCUCGAACCUCCCGAAGACACGAUAAAUGGCCCCGCUCCCUCCUGGCCAGCUCAAUCAAGCUACAACAUUCCACCCAACCCUUCAAGCAAACGACCCGCAUCUCCUCUUCCCCCUUACGAAUUCCCAAUGCCGAGCAGCAACCCAAUGCUCCAGUACUACCCCGCCGCAACCACCAACACACCCCCACAACCACACUUCUCCUCCUUCGAAUCCUUCUGCACCGCCUACGGUCCGCCAAUCUCCAUCGUUCCGUCGAGGAAGCGCAGAAAGACGUCCUCCAAGGGAGUGAAGAAGUUCUUUCAGCCGAUGCACGUUUCGCGGAGCUCAAUUUGAGGGAACGAACAGGCACAAUACGAGAAGUUCGAUUCGAGCCUUGCCCAUGGCAUUUUGUUUUAUAGCAUAGCGUUGCUGGUAUUUUGGGAAGGUAACUACCUUGGCGUUCGGCGGCUGGAGAGCAUGGGGACCAUGUUCACGAUUGUACGUUUUGGACGCGAUGAGAUGCACAGAUUCAGACUUCGUAGCAAUGUCUACAAUCAUUUGCUGACCUGCUCAAUACCAC